CAACAUUCUAACAGUGCUCUGUGCACCCACCAACUGGUCUUUCCAAUUUGCAAGACGCUGAAACCAGAGAGCUGUAUAUAAUGACGAGAUGCUAAUGUCUCCGCCCUAACAAUUGGAGUCUUUGUUCUAAAUGCGGGAAGGCAGGCGACAAGUUUAGGUCUGCAUCCUAUUCCCAUAGAAACGAAUUGGGUUUAUUUUGGACCGAUUUUGGCGAGUUAGCCCUCUCCCUUCACGGCUUCCUCUGUCGUGAAAUGUAUCACAGUAGAAAGUACCCGUGCGAGCGAAACACCGCCUCUCUAUUUGUAGCCAAUGUAGGCCUAUCUGAUGCUGUCUGGCCAUAAAUAGUAUGACAUGCCAUACACUUUUCGUGCAGACAGCAUCAGAUACAUGGUCUACACAUACUGAGAUAGAGGGGCACUGUUUCGCUUGAUACGAUGCUUUAACUUUCGGCGUGCAUGUCGGUGAAAUAAAUGAUCUCAAUAUUUCAAUAUUUUAUUUGGAUGGGCAAGGUACGGUAGGGCGGGCCAUGCCCGGCCCCCUAAGGGCGGCUCAUAACGCCGACCCUGCAUUCAGCAACUUUUAUUUUUACUAGCAAAUAGCACUAUAUCUAUUCUAUACAUCUGUUAACGAAAUGGGCCACUAUUCUAAUAAUUGCUCUCAUGACUUGGAUACAUUUUGGGAUAAAUCCAUAAAUAAAUGUGUGCCAUGUCAUCAACAUCAAAAUCAUCCGAUUCGACCAGGGUACGAAUUUAGUCCAAACUGUGGCAUGCAUGAUGAUGGGGGAAGAUCGGAAAAACCGUAUCGAUCGUGUGCUGCACUGACCUUCAAUAACGGGAGCUUCGUGAAAUGCCAACCCUGUUCUAGCUGCCCUCCAAUCCAUCAAAAGCUGUCAGAAUGCAACGCAACUACAGACACGCAAUGCUGCGGAGCGAGGGACCAGACAGGCUGUUGGAAAGGAGCCCUGAGUACCAUGACUCAACAGGUCCAACGGUCAACAACGUUAAGGGUCCAAGUGUCAACAUCAAAUCCCACCACAGCCAAACACAUUGAUCCGAGAGUACCUGGUGAUUCACAUGUCAACCAUCAGACUGCAUGGAUAGUGCUUACUGUCAUCUUGGUUUUCUCUGUACUUGCAUUUCUCUUAUUCAUCUAUAUUAAGAAGAGAAGGAGAAGAUCAAGAGCCUUUUGCAGCAGAGAUAAGGAGAAUACGCUGUGCUUCAAGGUCAGCCUUAAAGACUGCCUCCCAUCAGACAAUAUCCUGUAUACCAACCAACAGUCACGGAGCAGUAAGAGAGCAGAGGUUGCGCUCCUACAGUCAGAGACCAGGAGCCUAGAGGACCUUUUGAGUCCUGACCUCCAGUCGGCGCCACUGCAGACGGUUCUGGACAACUUGGAUGUUCUAGAGGAGCUUGUGAUUCUGCUGGACCCGGAGAGACCUGGGGUGAAGAACACCAGCCACCUAGCAUCUCGCUGCUCCUUCCCCGCCACCUGGAUCACCUACACCUACUCCCUGAGGGACAGCAAGAGCCCCCUGAGGGCCGUGCUGGAGGGGGUCACCACCAAGCACCCAGAGUGGACUGUAGGACACCUGGCCAGGCACCUGAGAGAGAUGGACCGGAACGAUGCAGUGGCGGUGCUCACCAAGCUCACCUUGCUUAAGGUUGUCUAGUCUGAGUGUGUUCUGUGUUGGGUCCGGAAAAUAUGUUAACCCCAGUGUCCUGGCCAAGUUCCCAACCUGGCCCUCACACAAUCAUGACCACCUAAUCAUUAUCAUCUUAUAUCAAAUGUAUUAUCACCAUGAUUCUAUCACCAACCAAUGAUAUUGCUGUAUUUAUACAGAAAUUAAUGUAAUAUCUGCAUUUGUUGUUUAAUUCACUUUUCAAAUGACCAAGUCUGAUUUGUUCAAACAUCUUCACAUCUUUAUUAAGCAAAUAACAUUAUAAAUAAAAAAAGUGCAUAGAAAAAUUAAACGGGUUUAGAAAUAUGUAUACAAUUAUUUACAAACUCAGGAUUUAUUUGUACAAGGUAACAAAGACAAGUUCACACAUAUUUUCUAGUUUUUAUGUAUUUUACACUUUGUUAUACUUUAAAAUAACCCUACCAUAUAGAACAUACAGCUUUCUGAACCAGUUCUGGGAGAGGUCGUCAUGGUAACUUCAGGUUUCCAACUAGUGCUUUCAAUGCUUCAUCGAACACACAGGCCAGCUCUGCAGGACAUUAAAACCAAGUUCCUCUUAUUAUAUUAUCAUCCUCUUUUUUGCAUUAGUAUUCUUUAACAUCGUUCAGAACAACUGAGGUAGAAUCCUGGCAAGAGGUUGGGGAGUGGAGUGGGCAUAGAGAAACGUACUGCUCUGAUUGAUGUUCCCACAUCCAGUUUUCAGCAGAAAAGGAAGCUAGGUUAAGGAUAGCUGUAUCUCUGAAAACCAGAUGCAUCCUGUUAUUGGCAAACUCUGCUAAGGGUGUUAGAUGAUUGACACAUGGGAAUACAGGCUCCAUCUCACCGAUUGGUCGCGCAGGCAGGCGGGCUUAAGAUCUUCCUUACUGGGUAUUAAAAUUCCAAAAGGACAGUGCUCAUUUCCUUUAGAAUAUUAUCUUUAGCUUGAAGGGUUCUCUGUAGUACGCAGAUGGGAAGAAUAGCGUGGGCUCGUAUGCUUGAUAUUCUCCUGUUAUAAGGCCUGCCGAAUACUAAGGCCUGCUGUACUCUCUCCAUGAAAAUUCUACCAGAACAAAGAAAUACAAUAAAAAAAAACAAUU